ACAAAAGACAACCUUAUGACAAAAAUGGGUGAACAGAGUUACAACGUACCCAUCCCACCUGACUUGCGCCGAGAGGAGACAAUUUUGCAGAUUGCUGAUGCACUUGAAUAUAUAGACAAAAUAGCCAAUGAUGUUUUUGGGCGCAUCAGCCGACGUGUUGUAGAAAAUAAAGCAAGGUUACAAAAAGUAAAUGAUAGAGUGAGCCUGGCCCAGGCUCGUGUUGACAAACUGAAAGGUAGCAACAAGGCUACCAAGGUGUUUGCUUCUGCAAAGUACCCAGCUGAGGAAGAGCAGGCAAAUUAUGAAACCUUGUUUUCCCAAACUGAUGGACUUCGUUGUGUCAAACGAAAGCAUCAUAAGGUUCAGUCCAAGCACCCUUCAACUGAUGAACGUGUGUUGAGAGAAAAACUUCAGUUCUUUGCUGUUCAUCUUAACACAAAAUCCAAGAAAGAUGUUGAUAAUAAAGGUGAAGGACUAGGUGGCCUUCCACGAGCAGUUCCAUCCAUUAGUUCACUAUUACUUUUCAACACCUCUGAAAACCCGUACAAAAAAUAUGUCAUGUUGGAUCCCUUGGGUAUGAUUACCAAAACACGUGCAGCGGUGACUGAAGGAGCUGCUGGACCUGCAGAUGCUCCGACAACCAUCGUGCAGCGUGAAGAACUGCAAAGACAACAGCAAGAAUCCUACUUCUAUGUUCCAGGCAUUGGCAAUGUUCCCGAGAUUGCUGUUCCAGACUUUUUACCUAAUCUUCUUGGUGUUGCUGAUGAUGUAUCAUUCACUGCAGAACAGGGACCCUCAAUUGCACCUUCAGUACUCACUACUAAUCUUCCUGAUCUGCCCUCAGUUGUUCCUGAAGUAGAUUCCAUCCCUGCAGGUCCAGUAGCACCAGCAGGUCCUGUGGCACCUUCAGGGCCUGCACCUCCCGGACCACCUCCUUCUGCUCCACCUCCUCCCCCUCCACCUCCGCCACCCCCUUCCCCACCUCCUGAUAGUGCUCCUGCAGAGUCAGUACCGUCCACUCCUGCCAGUGUACCAACAGAAGUAGCAGCACCCACCGAUGGUCGCGCAAAUCUAUUAGAGUCCAUUCGGCAAGCAGGUGGGGCUGGCAAAGCAAAACUACGCUCUGCUAAAGAUCGGAAGAUUGAAAGCAAGAAGAAAAAGCAAGAGGAGAAAGAGAAAGGAGCUGCACCAGUGUCAGGGGGUGGAGACCUCAUGAGCGACCUCUUUGCUAAGCUGUCCAUGCGCCGCAAAGGAAUUUCAGGCAGCGGCAGAGCUGGUGGAGGGGGAGAUAAAUCUGAAGGGCCAAACAGCGGUGGUAGUGCAAUGGACAUAUCUGCAAUGAUCCCUUCCCCACCAAAACCAACAGGAGGACUGGAUAGAGCAGGUGACGAUGAUGAUGACUGGGAAUAGAAGAAAGCACAUUUAGAGUUCUAAAGUUGUGUUGUUAUUACAGUUUGUUAGUUUCAAUAGCUGUUAUCUAACACAAAUCAGGAAGCCUUGGCACCACUUUGUCCUAUUUCAUUGUCUUGAUUAAACCAUAGGCAAAUAUGUCCAAGGUUUUCUGUCAGCAAGUAGUUUCUUUCCAAGAGUUUUGUUUAAAAACUUGUAUGGGAAUACAUGAAUCAAGUGUGUAAUGAGCAUUUUGAUUGACUGUGAUUAAAACCCUCUCAGGAAAUACUUAGCUUUGAGGGUUGUUCAAUUGUGUUUUAAGCCGUGCCAGCAAAUUAGCUCUGAGGGAUGCUUAAAAUAAUUUAACAUACGUUUCUUUUAAACAUUUAAAUCAGAAUUGGGAUUUUGUGUCUAAAAGAUAGAGAUGUCCAAUUCAGACAGAUUGAGAUUAGUUUAUGCUUAAGCUAUUCUUGGUGCAACCAUCACAGAUGUCUGGAAGACAUACCUCACAUGGUCUGGAAGAAAAGGUAGAUGCUAUAUGGCUGGUGCAUUGGAAAAGAACAGAAAAUCUGUAAUUCAUGGUACAACGAAUUUCGUUCAGAACUAUGCCCCAGAUGUGCAAAAUAUUGCAAGCAAUUGGGAAAAACCAAUUAGUGGAGGAAUGCAGGCUGCAUAGCAUUUUUCUGAACAAAAAAAAAUAAAAAAAAAACCAACUGUA